GUCGAGGUCGCGCUCUCGCUCUCCUAUGAGUCCACCUCUAGUGAUGUGGGGCGUGGAUCAUCAUUGGAUGUUGUGGUACAUGCACCUGGUGGCGCUACAUCUGAGAUGACUGCUUCACACCUUGGUACGACGGAGGUGAACGAUGCGGCCCCUACUUGGGUGAGUGCGACUGCGUCUGGGUCAGCGGAUGUUCCAGCCGCAGGCCCUAGUACGGAGUCUACUGCGGAGGUGAAACCGGCGCAUGAGGAUGUCUCGCUUGUUCAACGUCUUCAACCUGCGGAAGCUCAACAGUUGUCGAACUUGGGUGUGCGUCGUGACACAGUGACGGCUCUGGGCAGGUUCUUUGGUGGUCUUGCCAACGUCCGUGAUGGAUCUGCCCGUGGGGAGAUUGAGGCUACGGAUGUGGAGUG